CGAUCUAGCCUGCCAGACCCCUUGGCCUGCAGGAAGCAGAGGCGGGAGCUGGCCCUGGCCCUGCCCAGUCCAGGGCUUUAUAAAGGGGUGCAGUGCCUGAGGGAGCCAGCACCAUGGCACCCCUCACGCUGGCCCUGCUCCUCCUGCUGCUUCUUGCGGGACCCCCAGCAAGUGCCGCACCCCCGACCUGCUACUCCCGAAUGCUGGGCCUCAGCCAGGAGAUCACCAGGGACUUCCAGCUCCUGCAGGCUGUGGAGCCGGAGGUCUGUGUGCGGUACCUUCCCCGUCUGUACCUGGACAUCCACAAUUACUGCGUGCUGGCCAAGCUGCGUGACUUUGUGGCCUCGCCACAGUGCUGGAGAGUGGCCCGGGUCGACGCCCUGAAGGAUAAAGUGCGGAAGCUCUACACCAUCAUGAACUCCUUCUGCAGGAGGGACUUGGUCUUCCUGUCGGAUGACUGCAGUGCCUUGGAAUACCCAGUCCCAGUGACCGCCGGCCUGCCAGACCAUCAGUGAAAGGCAGCCAGGUCAAAAGAACAGCCCAAGAGGACUGGGCUGUGCCAGCUGCCCAGCCACUGCCUGCAGGCUUCCCUUCCUAUGCUUGUAGUGUCUGACCCUGUCACUUGUGUGUCCCUCUGAAAAGCAGAGUUGGGCUCCUUCUUGCCCAACUCUUGCCAGACUGUGCAGGAGCCUCCUUGACGCACAGAGCUAAAAGCCAGCUUGGCGAGUUGCCAGGGUGGUUAGAGGUGCUAGAGAAGAAAUCUUAGCUGCUUCUCCUUUAUGAGCAGAUAACUCAAGAACAAGCACAUUAGCAUGUCCGUGUGGCUGCUUUGAUGGAAGAAUGGUGCCAUCUUCCUCUCCUGAUAGGAACCUGCUUACACUUAACCAAGCCUCUAUUUUACAUUUUUCUUCUCCCACUAGCUUCCUUCUUUCCUUUUAUUUUUAAAGAGAUCUUACUACUGCUUUUGAAAUGUAUGUGUUGUACUGGCGAAACCACUCUUUCAUAGAAAGGUGGGGAAAAUCAAAUAAAGACCAUCUUCACAGUGAGAAA